GCAGGCGCUGUCACAGCAGCUACCAGAGACGCAAGGGGAACAAGAAACGGCAGAGCAGAACUCGUCGACGGAAGUGGAGGCGGCUGAGAUUGACUUGAAGGAGAUGGCCAAGCAGUUGACUACGACGCUCAAGCAUCUGCUGACUUCACACCGGCAAUUGGAGACCGACGCUGCCAUGAUUCAAGCCGGAAUGGAUGAGCUGCACCAGAUGCAAGAGGCGCGAGCCGAACGCAUCGUCGGGCGCCUGAAGAAUGCCAGCUCGACGAUCCUAACUUUUGGUGACGCGAGUCAAGGGGGACGCCCCGAAGACGAGGGCGGCGACAAUGAAGAAGAUACCAUGGAAUAGGUAGCGAGGCAGGGCUGCGCGAUGAAGAUGCCUGAAGACGUCCU